AUGCUAUUGAGGAAUGUAUGUGGUUUACAGCAAUUCAAUUCAGUCGCUGAAUCCGUAAGGAACUGGAAGACAAAGCCCUCCGACAAUGAGAACCUGGCUCUUUACUCUCUGUACAAGCAGGCCACCAUCGGCGACGUCAACAUUGCUGCACCCAGUGCAACUGAUGUUGUAAGCAGCGCCAAGUUCAAGGCCUGGACUGGCCGUAAGGGAAUGUCCCAGGAUGAUGCUAAGAAGCAAUACAUCGACAUGGCCAAUCAGCUCCAAUCCAAAUACGCUUAAAUAUAAGUCUAGAUUAAUUUAAUUAUGAUUAAGUGCUUUUGGCAAUCUGUUACUGAAUAAAUUAAUUUUUUUAA